AUGUCCCAUCAGGAUAGCUCAACCUCAGUUGAGAGCUCUUCAUCAUCGUCAUCGACCUCUGAAUCCCACGCCCAACCACCAAUACCGAAUGCCCGAGAAAAAGUAAAACAACGUAUGGAUAAUGAAAAGUAUUUGAGGGCUCAUCCCGAAUUAAAGCAAAUGAUCGCCAGGGCAGUAGAUGUUAUUCUUGUAACGAAACCUGAAACUAGGGACCUACAUCAACAAAUAUGUAAAUUCUUUAUGCAAGAGAAUUUAAAAGAUAUUUGUAAUAACAACCAUUAG